AUGUCACUGGCAGUGAAGAAAGGAAUAAGCGCCAAAGCCGAGUCCAGAAAAUGCGCUGCGCGUCUCUGGAGGCUCUUCCCGCACCUUCUGCUGUGUCUGUCUCUGGUCGCUUACGCUGCGCUGGGUGCGCUCAUGUUCCAGUACGUGGAAGGAAGCAGCAAUUCCACCACCCAGACGGAGUACCAUGAGUUCCUGGGUCAGAUCGUCAGCACCGUCCAGAACCUCUCCGAUAACGCCUCCCUCACGCAUCAGUACAUACUGAAGCAGGUGGAGACCAAGAUGCGUGAAAGCUUCAAGUCGAUCUGGCUCCAGAGGCCUGACAGGUGGAAUUUCUUUGGCUCCAUGUUCUUCUGCUGCACUGUGUUCACAACAAUUGGGUAUGGGGAGAUUUAUCCAGUUACCCUGCCUGGUAAGGUGGUGUGUGUCUUCUAUGCCAUGGUGGGCAUCCCCCUCAUGCUUCUGGUCAUCCUUGAUGUAGGAGACUUCCUUGCUCGGCUUAUGUCCAGAGCCUAUGUCCACAUUCACGCCCUCUGCAAAAUCCUCCUCUCCCACACCCGUUCACCGUGGAAGGCUCAUAAGAGGACGGUGGAGUCGAGCCACUGGGCCCUAAACGAUGGUACCUUUGUUUUCAGUCAUGAUGUUGUGAUCCGUGAACCACUCGACAUCCGGCAGGUGAUGCACAGCCAGGCAGAUGUACGGCACAAGUCCAUCCAGCUCCAGGACAACAAAGAGAUCUUUGAGAAGAUUCUGGCCAGGGAGAAUUUACUCAGAAAGGGCCCACUGCUCAGGACCCUCUCCUGCCCAGAGCUGGACCAGCUGCCACCACCACCCAAAGGAUACACCAUAUGGGACUUCACAGGGUUAGGGGAUGGAAUGGAAAUGUUGGAUGUCCCUUUUGUGCUGAUCCUUUUCAUUGUAUUUGCCUACAUUUUCUUUUUCGGUUUGAUUCUGCCGUUGUGGGAAACGGAAUUCAAGGGAUUUGACCCCUACUACUUCUGCUUCAUCACGCUCACUACCAUAGGUUUUGGUGACAUUGUGCCAAAUCACCCCAAGUACUUCAUGCUUACUUCACUCUUCAUCAUUGUUGGCAUGGCCAUCAUGUCCAUGGCUUUUAAGCUGAGCCAAACACGAAUUGUAAGCUGCUACCGCCAGUGCAUCAAGUUCAUCAGCAGGGGAAAUGUGGAGACUUUCAAAAAUGAAGAGAAUGACUAA